CCAACUCCAUCCCAACCACCACCACCACUACCACCACCACAGCAACCACAACCAACAACCACAAGUGUUUCGGCUGCCAUCUACCACUUGCCGUUUACCUAACUACCUCUUUCCUACACCACCCGCUCUUCCUCUCCUCUUGUCUCUCGUUCUCUCUCUCUAUCCUCCUCUUUCGCCACAAUCUCUCACUUCGCUUCGCGCCUCGUUAUCUUGCGCCCUCGCUAAUCACAGCUCGUCCAUCCUUACAGCAGCAAUGGCCGAAAUCAGACGCAAGUUGGUUAUUGUCGGUGACGGAGCCUGCGGAAAGACCUGUUUGCUCAUCGUGUUUUCGAAAGGAACCUUCCCUGAGGUCUACGUUCCUACCGUUUUCGAGAAUUACGUCGCCGAUGUCGAGGUCGAUGGCAAGCACGUCGAGCUGGCCUUGUGGGAUACCGCUGGCCAGGAGGAUUACGAUCGUCUCCGACCUCUCUCGUACCCCGAUUCGCACGUCAUCCUGAUCUGCUUCGCGAUCGACUCGCCAGAUUCGCUCGAGAACGUCCAGGAGAAGUGGAUCUCUGAGGUGCUUCACUUCUGCCACGGUCUGCCCAUCAUCUUGGUCGGCUGCAAGAAGGAUCUGCGGAACGACCAGAAGACCAUCCAGGAGCUCGCAAAGACGUCGCAGAAGCCCGUCACCGAGAACGAGGGUGAUGCCGUCAAGAAGGUCAUCAGGGCCGAGCGAUACCUCGAGUGUUCCGCCAAGACCAACGAGGGUGUUCGUGAGGUGUUUGAGCACGCCACCCGCUGCGCGUUAAUGCAAAAGAAGGCCAAGGUCAAGAAGCCGUGCAGCAUCUUGUAAAGGAGCGAAGAAGACCGAAAGGAAUGGCAAACGCGCGAAGUCCGAAUAUACCUGUGUUGUUUUUUAGUCUAUCAUCUGCUGCCUCGUGUGUCCGUGUUGUGUGUUCCUAGUUUGUGUUGUGUGUGUGCGUGUGUGUGUGUGUGCUGCGUGUCUAGUGUUUGUUUCCUACUUGUCGACGGUUGU